UAUGUUUUCGUCUUCCACCAGUCUAAAAGUACCAUGUAACCAAUAUAUCCGAUGCUUUCUUUUCUUGCGUUGUUCUUAAUUACACACUUGUGAUAAAGCAAAUGAUUCAUCCGCAACUGCUUAUAUUAAACAAUUCAAUCGAUAUCGCCUCGUUAACCACACUUACCACUGCUGGUUUUGCAUGACGCUCCGAUUUUAAAACUUAUAUAUAAAUUAAUCUAGGUAAAUUAACGCUUUCCCGCGAAGGCAAUCCAAGCACAGCAAAGCGUACAUGAGAAUCGGCCUUAAUUCAAUUUGAAAAAAUAUAUGUACAAAACAACCGUUUGAAAGUUUUGUGUAAAAAAGUUCUAUUAUAUCCACCACAUAAAUGUCUUGCCUUGUGAAUUGGAAAGAUAUUUGUGUUGUGAAUUGGCUUGAAUUCUGAACAGCUUUCGUUCUUACAGUUAUUAGUAUGGGUAAUACCUACAAUUUGAUUUUCUCUUAUUAUUUGGAUUGACCAAAGAAUUUAUUGUUAUUUAUAAGUAUAAAAACAAAACAAACCCUAAACAGAAGACUCCCGCGUAACCAUUUCGCGCAUGAAGCCUUAAAGCAAUCUCUUGAUGACGUCAGGACUCGGUGACUCGAAUGGAAUAUCUUUGGGCGCUUUGUUUGGCGCUAGAUCGAGUAAAUACGGCUCAAUUCAUAAGUCCAUCCUGGACACCAAUCCCCGUUGCCUAAAAUAUCAAUGAUCGCAUGUUGCUUUGAUUCUUUGCAACUUACCAUUCUCAUAUUUUAUUUCAUUGUUCUGUGUUGGAUAUUUGUUUAAUGUGGUUUUUGAUGGGGAUUUGGUUUUAUUCAAAGAAUUUCGGAAUGCCGUCUUUAUUUUAAACAUUUAGCUUAUAUUAUGAACGACUCAAAUCCUGAGGUUGGUCCCUCGGGAACAAAUAGAGCUCGCAUUGUAAAGGAGGGAUGGCUGUACAAAAGAGGAGAACACAUAAAAAACUGGAGACCCAGAUAUUUUGUAUUGUUUGAUGAUGGGGCCUUGACUGGUUUUAAAGUAAAACCAGAUGAUUACUACAGUGAUCCACUUAACAAUUUUACAGUGAAGGGCUGUCAGAUUAUGUCAACUGAUCGACCAAAGCCCUAUACCUUUAUUAUCAGAGGACUGCAAUGGACCACGGUAAUAGAAAGGAUGUUUCAUGUUGAAACAGAGAGAGAAAGAGAGGAAUGGGUGGUAGCUAUAAAAUCUGUUUCUGAAAGACUUUCGAGUGAUUGUGAAGAUGUAGAAAUGAUGAAUCCUGCAAAUCCUGAUAUGAUGGUGGAUUUGUGGGAAAAAUGUUCACUGCAGGGCACUUCCUAUUCAAAGUCCACUGGUAAACGAAAAGUUACUUUAGAAAGUUUUGAGUUUCUGAAAGUACUGGGCAAAGGAACAUUUGGAAAAGUGAUAUUAUGCCGGGAGAAAGCCACUGGACGACUCUAUGCCAUAAAAAUUUUAAAGAAAGAGGUUAUAAUACAAAAAGAUGAAGUUGCUCAUACCCAAACAGAGAAUAGAGUACUCAAAUCUACAAAUCAUCCAUUUCUCACUUCUCUUAAAUAUUCCUUUCAAACAAACGAUAGAUUAUGUUUUGUUAUGGAAUAUGUAAAUGGUGGUGAACUGUUCUUCCAUCUUUCAAGAGAAAAAGUGUUUUCUGAAGAAAGAACCAGGUUUUACGGUGCAGAAAUCAUUUCUGCAUUAGCUUAUCUGCACUCGCAAGGAAUAAUAUACAGAGACUUGAAGUUGGAAAAUCUGCUUUUGGAUAAAGAUGGCCACAUAAAAAUAACCGAUUUUGGGCUUUGCAAAGAAGAUAUAACCUAUGGGAGAACUACCAAAACAUUUUGUGGUACCCCGGAAUAUUUGGCGCCUGAGGUGCUAGAAGACAAUGAUUAUGGAAGGGCGGUGGAUUGGUGGGGAAUUGGUGUUGUGAUGUAUGAAAUGAUGUGCGGUCGUCUUCCUUUUUAUAAUAGAGAUCACGAUGUGCUGUUCACCUUAAUUUUAAUGUCGGAAGUUAAAUUUCCAAGAAAUUUAAGUGGAGAAGCGAAAGAUCUUCUGGCUGGGUUGCUCAUUAAAGAUCCAAGUAGGCGAUUAGGUGGAGGCCCGGAUGACGCCAAGCAAAUAAUGGCUCAUCCAUUUUUCAGCAGUAUUAACUGGCGUGAUUUGGAGUUAAAAAGGAUUGCUCCACCUUUCAUACCCCAAGUGACCAGCGACACCGACACCAGAUAUUUUGAUUCCGAAUUCACUGGCGAAAGCGUCCAACUCACACCACCAGAUAAUUCCGGUCCUUUGGGAUCGAUUCAGGAAGAACCAUAUUUCCCACAAUUUAGUUUUCAAGACUUUUCAUCCACUCUGGGAAGUUCAGCGCAUAUAAGUGGUAGCAUGGCCAGCGUCGGACCUAUGCAAUGAUCUAGCUUUGGACAAGCGCGACAAUUAAGUGCAGCACUAAAAUUCAUGGUACUUAUAUGUAAGAAGGUAGUAGCAGCGCAGAGAACAAUUCGUGUUUUUGUGAUAUAGUUGGUUUUAUACUGUAAAUAUUUUCAAUUUUCUUAACAUAAAAUAAUGUACAUGUAACAAAAUGAAAUGCCUAACUUAAAAUAAUGAAAUGGCCAUAGGAUGUAAGUGUGUAAAGUCUGUUACUUGCGAAUUGCAUCUUGCAGGCGAUGAUUUCACUUUUAUAAAAAUGAAUUUGCCUGUUGCUUCGAAGCAAUUUAUUUGUUCAUAUAUUUAAUGCUAAUAUAAAUAAAUUCGCAACAACAUAUAGUAAUUUAAAGACGCGUUUUUGCUCUGGCAAAAACGAAAGUAAUCUUUUUUUUUUGUGUCCAGUAACAUUGCAGAUGUUACCUGUUAACUGGUGUAAAAUUCAAAAUAAAACCCCCCUCCCCACCGUAUAGUUUUUUGAAUUUACCAAUAACAUCUACUAGUUUUGGCAUACUUUCAUGGAGGUAAUUAAUGUGGUUGCCGUAAUUACAUAAUUGAUUUUUUACAAGGCUCAUUUUUGUUAGACACAAAGUGAAUUGUUAGUCAAAUGCAAUCUAGAAUGAGGGUAUACAAUUUCAGGAUAGUAUUAGACUUUUUUUAAACAGAUUAUAUAACAUUAUCAAAUUGGCAGUUAAGUGACAAGUUAAAUGUAUACAAAAUUAUUAUACUUCUUUUUAUAGUCUAGUUUAUAUAUCUGCUUUUUCUGGUAAUAGAGAUUUGAUGUCAAUGUCAUUUAAAAAUAAAUUAUAACAUACAGUACAGUUUUUAGUUUCUAUUUUUUGUCUAACGAUA